AUGAAGUGUCAGCUCUGUCGGAGACAAUAUUGUACGAAUGGAAAGCAAAAGAGCAACUUUGAGCUGUACAAACUCCAAGAGACUCAGUUGGUCAGCCGCGUCGAUGACCCGGAAGGAGCGGGGUCCAAAAUAUUUCUGGGCUUCCAGGCCCCGUGGAACUUCUCGUACCCGUUCAGCGCACAGCGCCUGGGCUCUGCCGUCCAUCUGGCCAUCGAUAAGAUUCACAGGGAGUGGGACAUGACGCUGUUGGGUAACAGGACCUUGGAGAUAGUCUACGGCGACUGCGGCUGCAGCGCCAAAACCUCCCUCAGUGAGUUCAUCGGCCAGUUCGAGAAGCACCGGAUCGUCGCUCUGUUCGGGCCGGUUUGUCCGGAAGCAGCCGAGGUCACGGGCUUGCUGGCAUCCUCUUGGAAUGUUCCCAUGUUCGGUUUUGUGAGCCAGACACCCAAACUGGACAACAGGCGCCUUUACGACACCUACGUCAAGAUGGUGUCACCCCUCCAGAGAAUUUCCGAAGCCUUGGAGAAGACCUUAAACUAUUUCCAAUGGCGCUACAUCGCUAUGUUCGGAGGGGCCCUGGAGGGCUCAACCUGGGAGAAGAUUGACGAACUCUGGACCUCCUUGGAGAGCCAACUGGCCGUCAACUUCACCAUCAGGGCCAAGAUCAAAUAUGACCCGGGGAGCAUGAACAACCUCCAGGAAAAUCUUCUCUUGGUUGCUUCGGCUGCACGAGUGAUCAUUCUUGUGACCGGCUCAGAGGACGCAAAAAUCAUAUUACAGGAAGCGGAGAGACAAGGGCUGACGGACGGACGCUACGUCUUCAUUAUGGUUCAGCAGUUCGAAGUCAGCGGCUUCCUGGAAGGGUUCUGGAAGGACACUUUCGUCAGCGACGAAGGCCAAGGUAUCCGGCGGGCUUAUGACGCGGUGCUCAUGGUCGCCCUGAAUUCCAGUUACAACUACACGUCCUUCAUGAAGCAGGUCUAUGACAGGCUGAAGGGGGCGCCGUUCUACAGCGAGAUCUCUUCUGAGAGCCAGGUGAGUCCCUAUGCCGCUUACCUCCACGACUCCAUCUUAAUGUAUGUGCUGGGACUGAAGGAGAAUCUGAAGCAAGGGAGGAACAUGACGGAUGGACGGUCGUUGGUGCAGAGCCUGAGAGGAUACAAUGACACCCAACUCUAUGGAGUGACCGGCCUGCUGAGCAUUGAUGAGAAGGGGGAACGUUUCAUUGAUUACGCCGUCUACGACCUGCAGUGGGUUGGCAACGUGUCUCGAUUCGUCCCCGUCCUGCAGUAUGACAGUUACCGCAGAGAGAUCAGUCGUACAGAUUCCUUCCAAUACAUCAGCUGGCCGGGACCGAAACGCCCCAGGGACCGCCCAGACUGCGGCUUCUACAACGAGCUGUGCAAGGUGGCGAUAACCGACACCCCGGUGAUCGCUCUGAUCGUCACCCUCGUCCUCAUCUCUGCGGGAGGAGUUUUGUUUGUCAUGUUUGUUUUAGUUCAGAAAGGAAAACUGAGGAAAAGAUUUGACAGCGACACCUGGUGGCAGGUUAUAUAUGAAGACAUCACAAUUCUGAAGGACAACAAGGCCAGUUCUGGAGAAACGCCCUCCAGUACGCCGUCAGCAUCGAAGCGGUUCGGGAGUUUGGGCUCCAGCGCUGUCAUCUCCAGCAACCCGAGCUGCGGCUUCACAGACAAGCAAGGAAAAGAGAUCUUUUACACCGUCAUCGGCGUCUACAAGGGUACUCACGUGGCCCUUAAGUACCUCACUGACCAAAUGGCACCUUUCCGAGUUAAGAAGCAAUCCGUGCUGAAGGAAUUCCGCAUGAUCCGAGAGUUGAAACACGAGAACCUCAUCACCUUUUUCGGUGUCUGCAUCGAACCCCCCAAUAUCUGCAUCCUGACCCAAUACUGCAAGAAGGGCAGUCUGAAGGAUGUUUUGCAGAAUAACGACAUCGAGCUGGAUUGGGUCUUCAAGCUCUCCUUUGCAUAUGACAUUGUUAAUGGGAUGGGCUUCCUCCACAGCAGCCCUCUGACCUCUCACGGGAACCUGAAGCCCACCACCUGCCUGGUAGACAGCCGUAUGCAGGUCAAGCUCUGCGGCUUUGCGUUGUGGGAAUUCAGACACGGAACGACGCAUCGUGACAUCACUUUGAAAAAUGUCGUCUACUCCGAGCUUUACUGGACGGCUCCGGAGUUGCUACGAAUGGGGAGAUUCCCCUUCCAGGGCACCCAGAAGGGAGACGUGUACAGCUUCGCCAUCAUCAUGAGAGAGCUGAUCCAUGACAGUGAGGAUGGACCCUUCCAGGACCUGAGCAUGGACCCGGAAGAAGUCAUUCAGAAGAUCAAAGACCCGAACGCCGCGGUUCCGAUGAGGCCGUCCCUUUCGGUGGAGAAAUGUAACGAGCGAAUCAUCGCCAUGCUGAAGAUGUGCUGGGACGAGAACCCGGACCGGCGGCCGUCCUUCUCCUCCAUAAAGAGGAGCCUGCGAGGAGCCAGCCCUGAAGGACACGUCAGCAUCCUGGACAACAUGGUGAACAAGCUGGAGAAGUACGCCAACCACCUGGAGGACGUGGUGGAGGAGCGCACCGUGCAGCUGCUGGCCGAGAAGAAGAAGACGGACAAGCUGCUGUCCACCAUGCUGCCGAGCUUUAUUGCAGAGCAGCUGAUUGCCGGUAAAUCGGUGGAGCCGGAAAGUUUCAGCUCGGUCACCAUCUUCUUCUCGGACAUUGUGGGCUUUACCACGCUCUGCUCUUCCAGCACUCCGCUGCAGGUGGUGGAUCUGCUCAACGACCUGUACAGCCUAUUCGAUGAAAUCAUCAAAGCGUAUGACGUAUACAAGGUUGAAACAAUCGGAGACGCGUAUAUGGUGGCCAGCGGUCUUCCUCUCCGGAACGGGAUCCAGCACGUGGAAGAGAUCUGUACAAUGUCUCUCCAUUUCCUCAGCUCCAUGCUGACCUUCCGCAUACGGCACGUGCCCGACGCGAAGCUGAAGCUGCGGAUCGGACUGAACACAGGUCCCGUGGUGGCUGGUGUGGUGGGUGUGACCAUGCCCAGGUACUGCCUGUUUGGGGACACGGUUAACAUGGCAUCAAGGAUGGAGAGCAACAGUCUACCUCUGAGGAUCCAUGUUUCUGAAACAACAGCCAGUGCCCUGAAUGAGAUCGGAGGAUAUGAUAUGAAGGAACGGGGAUUCAUCCAGAUAAAGGGGAAAGGGAAGCAGAAGACGUAUUGGCUGAAGGGUAAGGUCGGAUUCCAGAUGCCACUUCCAGACUUUCCGGAAGAUUUGAAGGAUCCCCUCCACUCCUCAGUCUUAGAGGGAACAUGGAGCCAGCUUCCCGGCCAAUCAGGAAGCCGGGAUGAUGACCCGCCACCCAGGUUCCUAAUUGGCCGAGAAGCCAGCUCUAUGCUGAUUGACCAGUAUCGGUGCUUUCCUAUUAUAAAUGAGGAGGAAGAGGUCGGCGCGCACUGA